CCGCAGGGCGUACGGCGCAUCAGCCGAUCAGCGGAUCAGCCGAUUGCGGUCGUAUAAACAGACGAGAAUGCGUCUGGCCUGACGAUCGCGAUGCAGUCCGACAUCAUGGAGGAUUUGAAGAUAAAAUUUUUCGACCUCAUUAACAAGCAGAAUGCAACUAAAGUGCCGCUUAUGGGUUUGAAUCCCGAUCUACUUAAUCCACCUGAAUUACAAAAAUGUGAAGACCUCUGCUCCGAGGCUGAUCAAUCGACGGAGAGCGAGCCUAUACCCGAUCAAGAUGUGUUGGACUCUAUCGAAGACGUUUACUUCAAUACCGAUGGUAGCUUUGAUUCGUCGCGCUACGAACUGAAGAAACUGCCAAUGAUACUGCACUCUAAGGAAAUUGAGAAAUGUUAUAAGAAACUCAAGCAACAACAUCAAGUUGUCUCCACGAAAGUGUUGCAGCUUAUCUUGCAGAAACAGAGUGCCUGUAACGCAGAAUUUGACAGGAUUUACCUGCUGCAGGAACAACUGCAGGACGUCUUAGAAAUAUGUAAGAUGGGAAGGGCAGAUCUGAAAUUAGCUGAGAAACAAUUUACUAAAGCGAGCUUAGGCAUAUUAGCUAAUUACCAGAGACGACAAGUGACCCAAGAUCUGUUAAAUAGUUUAAAUACUAUAAAGACCCUGCAAUGUACGGGGAAUCGUUUGAAAGAGCUUCUGGAUGAAGGGAAUUAUCCUGGAGCUAUAUCGCUUCUUUUGGAGUGCCAGAGCGCCGCUCAGACUUACAAGCAUUUCCAUUGUAUCGCUGAGCUGAAUGCAAACUUACAAAAUAUUUUGGAUCAAGCGGAAAGGACCUUAGACAAUACGCUCUCUAAAAUGUGCACUGAAUUCGACGUCGCGGUGUAUUCUUCUAUUCAGGAAGCUUAUACGUUGUUAGGGAAGACUCAAUCUGCCAUGGAUCAAUUGCACUUGCAUUUUACUGCUGCCAUUCAUAACACGGCGUUCGCCAUUAUCUAUCGCUAUGCAGGAGGUGACAUGAAAAGACAAUAUAAACAAUUGUGUCAGGCUGUGCCUCGUGAGAAAUGUAUAGCUUGCCUCACGGAACUGUGCAAAUCAUUGUGGACAAUACUGAAUUCGUAUCAUUUAAUUGUAAAUUGGCAUAACGCGCAAGAGGAUAAAGUCGAGUGUAAGUCUGAUGUUAAGGAUUUAGAGGCGACUAGAAGCAAGCACUAUGUCAAACACAAAUUGGAGAAUGGUAUGGUCCGAGUAUGGCACGAUGUGGAGAUGAAGAUAUCAGUAUAUUUAACGAACACAGAUCUGACAAAUACCAAGUUUGAACAGUUUGUUCAGGUAUUGGGUAUAGUUAACAGGUUGAUGGAAAUUGGGGAAGAUCUCUGUGGUUUCAAAUCGGAGAACUUGCAAGAGUCCAUAAAAAAGCAGUCCCUGUCUUACUUUUCUCAUUAUCACGCCUGUCGUUUGGAUGAAUUGAAAAUGUUUUUGGAAAACGACGGCUGGGAGUUGUGUCCUGUAAAGUCCGAUUUCAUGGCUACUCAAUUAUUGGAAUUUCGAAGUCUGAAACCUUCGCUCAAUAACUGUAAAGCAUGGAAUAGCUUAGAUAGCUCGAACUUAAGCGACAGCGAUAAUUCUACGGGAGUCGCAGGAGACCUGCAAAAAUAUCUGGAGGGCGGUUUGUCACCGUUCACAAUAGGAUUGGAUGAUACUAUGGAUGAAGAUAUUUUAAUAAAUGAUAUUGAUCAACCCGCAUAUUUUUCGGACGAGUCCGAUGAGGAUAUUCCCGAUGAAUUGAAGCAUGAAUAUGUCGACGAGCCAGAUCAUACGAAAGUUAAUAAAAAGAAGUGCAAACUCAAACAGUCUGGACCUAUGGUCACAAACACGACGUUAAGCAUACUGAGAGUGUGCGGCAAGUAUCUACAGAUGUCGAAGCUUUUACGAUCAAUCGCUGUUACUGUCAUACAGAGCAUGAUACAAUUUUUCGAGCUGUGCUUCUACACAGUACACUUAUUCUUUACGUCGGAUCUCCAAAUCAAUAGCGACUCGUUAUACAGUCCGAAAUUAAAAUUAUCCUUAACGCGAAUCAGAGAAACUCUGAUUAUCUCUGAGAAUGAUACAAUGGAAGAAAAUGGCAAUGCGAAUUACGAUAAAGUAAGACAACCACAGCUUUCAUCCAUUGUGAAUUUGUCACAGCCCGAGAAACUUCACGGAUUAACGGAACGUAUUGUAGCUGUCGAGUCUCUGAUAUUUUUAGGACAGCAGUACGAAGGCCUAAGGUCUUAUUUAGAGCAUCUUAUUGCCAGCAGUCCUCAGAGAGGAUUUUUACAUCAGUUUUAUAUGCAAACGAUAGCGUCUGCCGCAGACUUAAGAAAGCCAGUCUAUAUGGCAGUAACGUCGCAAGCGUUUGACGUUGUAAAUAUUUUGAAUUUGAUGAACAAAGUUAAUUGGGAGGUGACGGACGUCAUGUCUCAACACAGUAAUUAUAUCGAUGCGCUAAUCCAGGAAGUGUGCAUUUUGAACGAGAGACUUAAUACUAUUGGAACGUAUAUACCUUUGAAUGCGCAUAUAUGUAAUGCAGUAUGGGAAAAUGUGGCUCACUUAAUCACACACACCUUAGUGGAAGGGUUUUCCAAUGCUAAAAAGUGUUCAAAUGGCGGUAGAGCUUUAAUGCAACUUGAUUUCACGCAGCUAAAGUCAAAGUUUGAGAAAGUGACGUCGUUGAGACCUAUGCCGCAUAGGGAGUAUGUUGAAUUGUACAUCAAAGCGUACUAUCUUCCUGAAAAUAGCUUCGAAGAAUGGAUUAAGGAGCACAAGGAAUAUUCAGUUAAACAUUUAAUCGGUCUGAUUUCGGCGACGUGUCAAAACAAUAAGAAAACGCGGCAACGAUUGAUAGCGCUUGUGGAGGAGCAACGGCCCAGCAGAUAGCAUCCAACUAUUUAUUAUAAAUCCGUGCAAGAUUAUAUCGAAAUAGGAAGUAUUUGAGAUGUCUAUCAAAUUGGGAAUACAAUAAUCGUGUUGUUGAUUGUACAGUAGAACAAUUUUUUAAGUACGUUACAAAAUUGAUCAGAUAUAUUCGUGUUUAAGCUAUCUUAAUCGAAUUGAAAUCUCCGAGAGAAUCACGAUCACGAACCAAAUAAGUCACAAUUCAAUAUAUUUAUUAAGUAUUCUGUAUAUGAAUCUCAUAUAGCUCUAAGAACGCUUUUACAAUGUUACUAACUGUAGCUCUAAUGUGUAUAUCACAAAUGUUUUAACAUAUACAUGGUAUUUUAGAGUCUAUACAGUUAGACCACACGCGAAUUGGUACGAUGAAAAACUUUAGCUUAUUUUUAAUAUACAAAAGAUAUCUCUCGAACGCGAAAGUGCACGGUUAUACGAAUCUCAUUUGUGAAUCUGCGAAUUUGCAAUUGAACUGCAGUAUUAACAUGCGAUUACCGUGGUAACUAAGAACUCAAAAUGUUGCCACAUUGAUUUUACACAAUGAAAAGAUAUAUGUAUAUAUAUGAUCUAUACGCAUUGCAGUGUUAAUUUAAGAAAGUUUUUUUUUUUUAAUAUGACGAUAUUGUCAUAAAAAAUUGAUAUUUUAAUAUUUACCUGCUUUAAAAAUUCUAUUUUAUAUAGUUUUAUUUUUGUAAAAAAGUAGAACACGCAUUAACCAUAUGACGUGUUUUUUCUUUUUCUUUGAGAUUAUAUAUGUGAUUAAACUUCGAUUUACAAGAAUAACAAGUAUUUCCGAAGCUAAAGUGAAAAACAUGAAAGAUAAUGUGAUGAUUAAUAUCCCGUUUUAUUCAAACUGAUCAUAUUGGCUGUCAAUAGUAAAACCAUGACUGUUCGCUGAAUUUUAACAAUGUUAUUUAUUUUACUUUAUUAUUGAUUCAGUCUUAUGUAAAUUGGGAAUAAUAUAUAUCAAAGUACUAAUAAAAGAAUUAAACUGUAAAGUAUCUCUAAUGUUAUCUUCUAUACCCAGAAAUUAUUAUUACAAGUUGCUACGCGUUCAUUGCAUGGUACAUAUGUAUAUACCGCAGAAUGCACAAUUUGAAGAAAUUUUUAUUAUACAAAAAUGAUAGUAAUAUACAAGUACAUACAUACUUUCUAGCUUCGUCGAUUUCCGAUUUCGUAAAAAUUGCUAUUAUAUAUUUAUAUAUUGCAUUUAUUAUAUAUUUAUAUUCCAUAUACACACCAUAAACCAAAAAGCUCCUGUUGCACCAGUAUAUAUAAAUGCUCCUAAUGCUUGAAAUUAUUUUAAUGCCCGAAAUUCUUUGUGAACAAUCCGCUCUUCCUAUCUUAAAGAAUACGGAUUACUCGUUGAUCUAAUGAAGAUUCCUAAAGUAUUAGUUAGAAUUUAUUUUGAAUAAUUACAUGUAAAUAGCUUUAUAAUAUAACAUUCGAGGGCCAUAUAAUUAAGAAUGUAACAUACUAUAGACUAUUCAAACAAUAGGAAUAAAUAGCAAAUAUGUAAAUUAA